AAGAAAAAGGAAAAAACUAAGGCAAGAAGACAGCGUCAUGAAGAAGAUAAAGACUGUGUCAGUGUAGUUUCUUCUCAAAUAAGCUUUCCGCCUGUGUUUUUGUGUUUUUAAAAGCAAAGCCAAUGCCUUUUGAAACCUUCAACUUUUCAGGUAUUGAGAGAGUAGUGAGUUUGUUUGAAGAAGAUCCAAAACUGAAAAUGUUUGGGAGAAAUGGCGAAGAAGAAGGUCAAGGCCCAAGCUCUGUUGUAACAGUAUCCACGCCUCCACAAUCACUUCCCAGCCCAACCCUGUCUGAUAGAAAGCUCAAAGACAAAUGCUUUAGGUGCGGAAUGAAGGGUCACUGGGCAAAAGAUUGCCCUUUUGCUAACCCAACGAGAAACGCCUCUUCUCUGCCGGACGUCCAUCACUUCCCUGUUCUGCGUUGCCCUUGCGGCGUCGCUUGCACCCUUCGUGUUUCCGGUAGUGAGUCCCAUUAUGGCAGAAGAUAUUAUGCUCGCAACUGCAACUGCGGGAAUGGGCCGGGAAAGAAUUUUUACAAGUGGUGCGAGGAUGUCAAGGCACCUUUGUGCAAGUGCGGCGCCGGAGCCUGCACUAUCAGCUUCCACAAAGACACUCAUGGCAACUAUGUUAAAUACUAUACUUGCCGUAUCAGAACGGGACAUGGAUCUUGUGGUUUCUUGAUGUUCGACAGUCCUCCAAAUUCAUGGCCAAGGUCUGGACGACCAAUAUCGAGUCCACAGCACGGUGAGCCACCAGAUAUGAUGAGUCACGAGGAUGAAUGUUCCAUACCCUGUUUCUCUAACACAAACAUCCUUGUUCAUGAAGCCGAGACAAGUGAUUUUGUUGUAGGGAAAGGGAACCGUGUUUCCCGUCUAAUGUCUUGGUCUGAUGUCCAUUCCCGUCAAAUAGAGUUCCAGAAUCAGAUAUUUGCUGCUGGGAAUUUACGAAAUGGAUUUUUGAUGACAGGUAAAACUCGUCAAAUUAUGGGCCUUCGUGUCCAUGGUUGGGUUGGAAGGCUUGCUUUUCCUCCUCCUCGGAUCUUAGCAAAUCUUCCUCUUGGGCAUUUCUUUUGCUUUUCUCAAUAUGCGGAUAUCUCUAUUCAUGGAAGUUCAAGUAUAAUGCCUUGCACUUCUUCAAAUGGUGAAGUUGAUGAAGAAUCACAAAAUGCACUAAGGAAUGAUACUCAACUGUUGGCUGUUCCUUCGGGGACUUCAAUCCGGAAAAGAUCAUUCACUGCUAUGCAAGGUGUAGCAAAUAUGAUGAUGAAAGGAGUAGGAAAGAAUCUGCAGAAAGACUGCAGUCUUUUGCUGUCAAUGGAGGCAGCAAAAGAUGGUUUGGCUUUUGCUUCGCACGUGACGAAAUCUAUUCAGUAUAUAUCAAGAGUUACAGGAAUGGAGUUGAACUGCAAUCAGCAGGAGCCAACCAUCCAAAAAAAUAUCGAAGAAGCCAGUAGCGAUUAUCUUCAAUGGGUCCGUCAAGUGGCUUCUCAUUUUGAGGAAAUGCUCCAUCAAAUUGGGGAACUUGAAACUUUCCUUGUAAAUAUUACCAAGGAUUUGGGGCAAUCAAAGAGAAGUAUGCUUGCUGCAUAUCAACAACUCACAAAUGCUUUGAAACUUCCACAGGAGGAAGUAGAGCAACGCAUGGCGGGGACAGCAUUAGAUGAGACAUGCUCCAGUACAAGUGAAAUAUGUAGAGUAGAAGGCAGGAAGAGACAGAAGAUAGCACUUCUAAGUGAAUCAAAGUGAGGUGUGAGAGCCUCUUUAGAUUAGAGGACACCAGAUGUAUAUGUUUUCAUUAAUGUAUUCUUAUCCUGCCAUUGUAUUUUGUUAUCCUUGACUUUCUAACUCUGUUUGUUUGUCAGUAAAAUAUUUUCCGGAAAAUAAUUUCUAGAAAAUUAUUUA